CCGCUGCCGCCUCCACAAACCGCUGGCCGCGCACCGUCCUCGGUCACACACACACACGGCCCACGCACGGCGCUGCCUCCGGUCGGACUUCCUCGGGCUUGACUCCGGGCUACGUUUAUUUUUAUGGUGCACUACGACUUACGAGUGUCUUUUCGUGAACUUCGCUUAACUUUUACAGUUUUUCUUGGGAACAUUUGCCCGACACCUCCUCCAACCUGAAACUUUUCCACAUUGUUGUCUCAUCUCUCCGGGGGGAUAUUGUUACUGGCGCGGUCAAACAAAGAUGGACUCCCGGGAGAUCAGCUAACCGGGCUAAAUGUAGUUUUAUGCCGUCGUUACAGGUGUUUUUAGACGAGGAUUUCGCCUGAUAGAACGCUGACAGAAUGAACUAAACUUUCUCCGAACUUUCUUCCCCAAGACUCGCCUCGUCAUGUCGGGAGUGGUCCGCAGUCUGAGCCGCUGCCUGCUCCCGGCCGAGGCGAGCCAGGAGCCGGGCAGCAGCAAGGAGAGGAGCCGGGAGAGGGACCGGGGGAAGGAGGCGGCCAAGAGGGAGCGGGAGGCGAAGCGGAGGAGCCGGGAGAUCGACGCGAUGAUCGCCCGGGAGAGGAGAGCUGUGCGUCGGCUUGUGAAGAUUCUCCUGCUGGGGGCCGGGGAGAGCGGAAAGUCGACUUUUCUCAAACAAAUGCGGAUCAUAAACGGACAAGAGUUUGACCAAAAAGCACUGCUGGAUUUCCGGGACACUAUUUAUGAAAAUAUACUCAAGGGCAUGCGGGUGCUGGUGGACGCCCGUGACAAGCUGGGCAUCAGUUGGCAGAGCUGUGAGAACGAGAAGCAGGGCAUGCUGGUGAUGUCGUGGGAAGGCCGGGUUGGCACGACGGGGGUGGAGCCCGGAGAGUUCCAGCUCUACGUGAUGGCUCUAAGCACACUGUGGGCUGACACAGGGAUACAGGAGGCCUACUGCAGACGCUCCGAGUUCCAACUGAGUGAAUCAGUCAAGUACUUCCUGGACAACUUGGACCGGAUUGGACAGCUGAACUACGUGCCCAGUAAGCAGGACAUCCUGUUUGCGAGGAAAGCCACCAAGGGCAUCGUGGAGCAUGACUUUUUCAUCAAGAAGAUUCCCUUCAAGAUGGUGGACGUGGGGGGUCAGAGGUCGCAGAGACAGAAGUGGUUCCAGUGCUUCGACGGCAUCACGUCUAUCCUCUUCAUGGUCUCAUCGUCAGAAUAUGAUCAGGUGUUGAUGGAGGACCGGCGGACCAACCGGCUGGUGGAGAGCAUGAACAUCUUCGAGACCAUCGUCAACAACAAGCUCUUCCUCAACGUGUCCAUCAUCCUCUUCCUCAACAAGACCGACCUGCUGCUGGAGAAGAUCCGCACCGUGGACAUCCGCAAGAACUUCCCUGAGUUCAGAGGAGACCCGCAGCGGCUGGAGGAUGUGCAGGCGUUCUUGGUCCAGUCGUUCAGCCGGAAGAGGAGAAACCGAGGAAAGCCACUGUUCCACCACUUCACCACCGCAGUGGACACAGAGAACAUCCGCUUUGUGUUCCACGCCGUCAAAGACACCAUCCUCCAGGAGAACCUCAAAGACAUCAUGCUCCAGUGACACAAACAUGAAGGGGCCGAGGACACACCCCAAAGGGACCCGUGCACAUACACACCGCCUGUGGACACUCAAAAGAACUGCACUGUGGAAUGAACUCUUAACCUGUGGAAAUAUGAGACUGGGGAUGUCAGAAGUCCCGGUGGACAGCUGUGGUAAACACAUGGGUCAAUGAAAUCCUGUGAUGAACUUGUAUAAAUGUUGUUUUUCAUGUGUUGCAAAGUGUGGAGCUUCCGUUCAUACACAUUACUGACAGACAAAAUUGACUUUAUCAUUAAGUUCAUUAGAGUUAUUUUAUUUGAAACAGUUGCCAAGUUUACAUGAGAGCUUUAACGCCAAAUAAAAAGUAAUUCUGCUUUGAAAGGGCCAUAUAAACACUUAAUUCCUAAUGAAAAUGAUUAUUCAGAAUUAAACUUAAUUCCGAAGUAAGUGGGUGGUUUAUUCUGAUUUUAAAGCCAAAUUAAUUUAUUCCUCGAUCAUGUUUCACGUUUAUUCUUCUUAAAAAUAAUUCAGGUUGUUCAGUCCAUGCUCGUUGUGUCACCCUUUUAACGAGAUCCGGCUCCACCAGUCCUGGCUUCGGACUUUUAUCCACGUCUCUUUGGUUUUGUGAGCGGGAUGUGGGAGUGGGCUGAGGUAGAGCAGCCGCUGACUCAGUUUGUCUUCUUCCUCCCUUCUCCUCCUCAGCUGACAGACGUAAAACAUGAUGAUAAAAUUCUCGAGCUGCUGCUUAUUAUCAUCGGAACGACUGCGCAAAAAGUUUGGAUCAUGUUUGUUGUCCGUGGCGCAACGACAAACCGAGAUGACAGAAAAGCCGGUAGCAGCUGAAGUGUGUGUUUUCUUCCGGUCGACGUAAAUACAUUUGUGCGCCCCCUGUCCAAUCAGAACCCUUCCCCACCUCCAGACGCUGAGCGGAAUUAAAUAAAGACGAUUUAACAAGUUUUCUAUGUAAACCUCAAUUCAGAAUUAUUAUUUCCACGUAAACCUGAAGACUAUUUGAAUUCCGAACUAUUUCAUUCAGAAUUAAAAGACAUCAUGUAAACGUGGCCAGUAUAACAUUUAAGAAAGCACAACAUACUCUUACUCGUACAUGGAAAGAACGUCAAAACAUUUACGUUUAAGUGAAACUGCCUUUGGGCCGACUGACCAAAGAGUGACUGUCAAUCCACACUCCUCAGACUAUCAUUCACUCCAGCACACAGUCAGUGUAGACCCUAACACCAAAGGAAUGGAUUCACUAAAUGAACACUAAAAUAUAUAGAUGUAAUCAGUGUUGGGAUUAACGUGUUAUAAAAGUAACAAAUGACUGUAAUGUGUUGCUUUUUGCUGUAACGCAGUAAUGUUCGGCAUUACAGGGGGGAAAAAUUAUAAUAUUUGACUCAGUACAAAUGUCAGUAACAUGUGUCACAAUGCUUUUUUAACCUGGAUUGAAGUGGUGGGUUUUUCUUCAUACAAAUUCACUAAAAUCACCGCGAUAUCAGGUGAAACUUGCCUGCAUAGACCAUGGGGUAACCGCGAGCGAAAGGAUUGGCACAGAACUCCGCGCUCCAUGGGGCGAACCACAGCUGACGCCCGAUCGCGCUCGGAGGUUCUCUCAAGGGCGAUCCUAGAUUCCAAGUUCUAGUCCAAGAUUAGUCCUGGUUUAGAACUGGUUUAGACCUGGUUCAGUCCUGAUUCAGUCCUGUUUUAGUUCUGGUUUAGUUCUGGUUCAGUUUUGGUUUAGUCCUAGUUUAGUCCUGCUUUAGACCUGGUCCUGGUUUAGAUCUGGUUUAGUCCUGGUUUAGACUUGGUUUAGAUUUGGUUUAGACAUGGUUUAGUCCUGGUUUAGUCCUGGUUCAGUCCUGAUUCAGUCCUGUUUUAGUUCUGGUUCACAUCUGGUUCAGUUCUGGUUUAGUUCUGGUUCAGUUCUGGUUCAUCUGUGGUUUAGUCCUAGUUUAGUCCUGGUUUAGACCUGGUUUAGUCUUGGUUUAGACCUGGUUUAGACCUGGUUUAGUCCUGGUUUAGACCUGGUUUAGACCUGGUUUAGUCCUGGUUUAGACCUGGUUUAGACUUGGUUUAGACUUGGUUUAGACUUGGUUUAGACCUGGUUUAGUUCUGAUUUAGUUUUGGUUCAGUCC